AAUCAGGAAGUCCGUUAUUUGUGACAGAGUGACACCUCUUGCUCACAAAGAUUUAUGAAGUGCGCAUGCGUCGUUGACUAAUGGCGGCAGAGAAAGCACGCAGCAGUGGCCGUUUGACGGAGUUGUAAGAUGGUUUCCAUCAUGUGACCUAAAAGUGGCCUCCAGUGACCUUUUGUCUUCUUCAGUCUUCUCAAGCUGCAGAAAAUGAAAUGGAAAGUAAAAUGAAACCUGACGGUGAGAAGGCAGAACCUCCUGGUUACCAACGAGUCGUGCUGAAGAACGCUUCACCGCAUCAUUACCUCAAGGUCCGCCUGCUGCUGGAGGUUGAGUCGACCAGAGUGAGUGCCGUCGAACUGAAGCGCUUCAUCGUCAGCUGCCUGAGGGGUCUCCACGGAGAGGUUGGAGCUGCGUUGGAGGUGGACGUGUUGAAGUACGACGAGGAAACGCUGAGCGCUCUGCUGCGUGUUCACAGCAGAGGUUUGGUGAAGCUGUGGAGCUCCUUGACCCUGCAGGGAUCCUACCAGAACCAGGCCUGUGCCUUCAGGGUUCUGCAGGUGUCUCCGUUCCUUCUGGCGCUGACAGGAAACAGUCGUGACCUGCAUCUGGACUGAAGCAGGAUGACCUUCGCUUGGACAGCGUUCAACAGGCUCCGCCCCUCCUCCUUCUCAGUGGCUCCUUCCCUCAGACGGC